AUAUUCCCCCAUACCAUGCCGCCUCCUCGGAUCCCCCUUCUCGCGCGGCUGCGCAGCCAUGUCCGCUCACCCUUCAGACCGCCAUCCUUCUUCCGUGCCCCAACCUUUCCUCACCACCAAUCCCAGCUCUCCCCACUUGCUUCAUGCUCAAAUGUGCACAGAUUGGUCUCAUCGGCCACUUCUUCAUAAAAUAUUUUUACUGCAUCGCUUCGACCUCUGGCGUUUCAAUGUUGCCCACAUUACCACACCAUUAUGGCAGGGGCUUCCCUCCGCUGCUUCUCGUCUCCAUGCGACAUCGGUACGGCAGGGACGUUGCCGUGGGCGACAUUAUCGUCUUCGAGCACCCCAUGCAGCCGCGUCAGAGGGCAUGCAAGCGCAUCAUCGGUAUGCCUGGAGAUCUCGUCUGCGUAGUGACACCGGGGAAACGGGACGAGGAUGUGGGGAAAGAGGAGGACCCUUCGAAGGAAUUCACAACAUUCAGGGACGACAUGAUCCGAGUGCCCGAGGGACAUUGCUGGGUCGCCGGAGACAAUUUGGAUUGGAGCAGGGAUAGCCGACUUUUUGGGCCACUGCCGCUAGCGCUGGUAUAUGGGAAAGUUUUGGCCGUCAUCUUCCCUUUUCAAGACGCGAAGUGGUUUGGGUGGAGGAGCGCUUUGAGGGAUGUGGCUGGGUCGGGCGGGGAGCCACAGUGGGUUUCCCUAUGAUCUCUGGAACGAUAUCAGGAACGAUAUCAGGAAUGGACCCUCUUAGCCCGAUCGAGUGGACGCAGCCCUCUGUGCCGAUUUUGCAUUCACUGUAUUCGCACGAAGAGCGGUGUGGCAUGACUGUUUUACUGCUAUAAAGCAUAGCAUACUGUUUGGCGAUACUGACUGCUGGAGCCUAUUGAUGUACGUAUCCGUAGCUGUCUAGACUGUCGGUACGCUGAUUUGA